CUCGAGGCACGUAUUCGUGGAUCCGUAAAACAGAUCGCUGCUACCGACAAAAUCACGCAUCAGCCACCAACGCAACCGUUCGUCGUCGGAAGUACUACCGCCGUCACACUGCACCCUGCAGCCGAAUCCCCGAAGAAGGCGUGGAAGCCGUACGAACACCUGCUGCCCGCCAUGACGAUGGCAGAAAGUUCCCUUGAGGCUCACGUCGCCCCCGUCCAAGAUAAAACCAACAACAACCUGCCCACGAUGGUUAACCACAACCACAGGCCGCAAGUAAAACAGCGCAAGCGAAAACGGUUGAGUCAAGUUUUGGAUAAGCUAACUGGAGGUGCAAGUGCAACGAACGAUGAAGACGAAGACGGCAAAUUUAGCAAACCUCAAACUAUGAACAACAAUUUAUACAACAAUAACGAAGGCGAUAGUAAGAGGAAACAUUAUAUAGGAGAGGUAUUCAGAUUUGAUAGUUUAGAAAGAGAGAAGUUAAACAAACCAGCAAGCCAUGAAGAGGAUGACGUGUUUAGUCCUGCUAGUUCUAGCAACAAAUCGCCGCAUAGCUCAACUGAAUCGCCAAGAAUCAGCUUUAGUCCGUUAAGAAUCAAAGAGGAUGACACGAGUCCAUCUCCGCCAUCAUUUCAUCGUCCGCCUGUUUGUCCUUGCUACCAAUGCGUCACUGGAGCUGGACAUCAUCCUCCUCCUCUACAUCCUUACGACCGAUUUUUUCCUGCAUCACCUAUAAGUCCUUUAACACCAGCAUCACCAGCUCCUAGUUAUAGUUUCGAACGCUAUCUACACUCAAAAUAUUUACCCGAUAUAUUUCGGAGACGUAGCCAUUCAGAUUCCGAGUUGCCUUUGUGGUUUGAAAGUGGGAAAAGUGAAAAAGGUACAGCGAUUCAGUGGCCUCAUCCAUUAACUCUACCUUCUGCCAAAGGUUCAGAAAAUGAAAUUUCUCCACAAGAGUUUCCUUUGGAUUUGUCCAUGAAAAGUAUUAAGGCAAGAGAGAAAAUUACUGCUUCUACUAGCUCUUUAGAAUGUCUUACAGUGCAACCUCCUCCUCUACAGUUACUACCUCCGGGUUUUUUGCCUCCAAGAGGUUCAGUAUCAGUACCAGUGGUUAAAGGAGACGUAGCUUCACCGACUACAAAAGAAUCUGUAGCUUCGCGUUACAACUUAGAAGUAUCUCCGGUUGUAGAAGAAAUGCCUCCCGGCUCAGACGUAGCCUUUGUUUGUCCAGUUUGCGGACAGAUGUUCUCUCUACACGAUCGCUUAGCCAAACAUAUGGCGUCAAGGCAUAAAAGUAGGCAAACUAAUCCAGACUCGCCAGCCAAAGCGUAUUUGUGCGACGUAUGCAAAAGAUCCUUUGCAAGAAGCGACAUGCUAACGAGACACAUGCGGCUACACACUGGCGUCAAACCGUAUACUUGUAGGGUUUGUGGACAAGUAUUUUCCAGAUCGGAUCACUUGUCGACCCAUCAAAGGACUCAUACUGGUGAGAAGCCUUACAAGUGUCCGCAGUGUCCCUAUGCAGCUUGUAGGCGAGACAUGAUAACGAGGCAUAUGAGGACUCAUACCAGGUACGAGCCCGAUUUGAAUGUAGCGCCGCAAAGUAUUAUCAAGACUGAGAGUAAUCAAUGAUAUUUGAUGGUGAUUAUGAUGAUCUUGGGGUGGGUUUUAUUUUGUGGGUAAUUUGUCCAAGUUUGAUGAUUCACUUAUAGGUGGCUAAUAAACUAUAAUAAAAUGUAAUUCCAAAAAUAAUUCACAUAGAGGAGCAAAGUCAACAAUAAUGGGUGAUCGACUAAGAGUAACUUCAAUAAUGUCUGAUUCUAAAUAUGUUGUUCAAGGACACAACAUUUCUUCACAAUCUUCUUUUCUGUACACUCGUUGAUCUCUUACUUCACACUCAGCUUCUAUUUUCCAUUUUUCUUCACUAUAAUUAACCUGAAACUGUAACAUGGAAAAAUAUGCUCAUGUUCUCUUUAGAAUAUACUUGCAACACAAUAAGUUUAAGAAUAUGGAAUCUGCCUUGCCGGAUUUCUAAAAUACUUUUCCUUCAUUGGUUUUGUAUCUAUGUGAAAUAUUUUUGGAACAAAAUCGGAUCUCGAAGCAUUCCAUGUUACAUGGUGAUGAUGAGGCCAGUUGAAAGACAAAAAAGACAAUCUCGAUUAUUUUUUUAUAAUUGUGCCAAAUUAGUAUACGUAUUUUGUUUGCUUAAUACAGUUUGUAUAGGCCUCUAGGGGCUGGUAUAAAUUGCACGAAGUGAAUAUUUAGUUAUUGCUCAAAAUCAAUUAAGGUUAGGUACAGGGUAACUUUUAGAAUUACGCAGGGUGUCAGAAAAAAAAAAAACGCCUUGUAUUUCCCCUGUAUACGUAAUAUCAUUGUUAGAUAUACUCUGUGAUAUAGAAAAAAAGAAAUGUUUUAACUUUAAAAAGGUGAAAUUGUUUGUUCUUAUUUUUGAUAUUAAAUUAUUGUGACAAUACAGUCGAAAUUCGUUUUGUUAAUGUUAAUUAAUAUUAUUAUUUUUAAGGAAUCUCUUUUCAAUUUUUUUUUUAUAUAAAUAUUUAGUGCCACUUUGUAAAUAUACUUGUUCCUAUAUGAAAGAAAAAAAAGAACAAAAUUUGUUUGUGCCACUGUUUCAAAAUAAUUAAGUUUUAAUUUAUUGUCUAGUUGUUAAGCUAUUAGGGUUUCAAACCUCUCAUUCUUUGCUCUCUCAUUCUUGUUUAUAGUUGGUUUUUAAGUUUAACUUAUUUUCUUUUUUUGUAUUUAUUUUUGUACAUCGACGCGCAGCUUGUAAAAAAGAGGCUUUUUUUACUUACUAUCAUUAUUAUUUAAAAUGUUUUGUUACUUUUGUAUUAUUAUUUUUUUAAGUAAUUUGAUUUCUGAUUUUUUUUUGUUUGUUAAUUUUCGAUGAAUAAAUUUUGAGUUUUUUUCUAUUUAUUUUUUUUUUAUUUUUGUUUUCGUUUUCAGUUGAACGUUGAACUGCAUGGUUUAAGAGCUGUGAAAAAUCAAUGUAGUUAAAUAUAUUCGUCAUUUGGCUUGUUUUGGAAAGUUGUUCUUUUAUGUGAUGCAUUAAACUUAUGAUAGAAAAUAAUGAAUUUUCUAAUGCGAUGAAUGGAAGAAGGAUUCAGUAAUUUUUUAAAAUUAUGUUUUGUCAUUGGGUCAACAUAAAUGUGUCAGUAUGCAUUUAUUAUACAGGGUUGUCGUUAUGUAUGGAAACGGCCUAAUAUUUCAGAAAGCGCC